UUUCGUUAGAUGGCGAGAUAAAUAUAACAGUAUUAGUACUGUUAACGUUGUAUAUAGAGUAAUAUUUUUGGAUAUGAUAAAUAUAAAAAUAUCUAAAAUAAUAUAAUGUAAAAUUAAAAAAAGAAUAUAUAUAAAAUAAUUAAUAUUAAAUAUUUAAAAAUUUAACAAAAUGGAUAUUGCUAAAUCAUUAUUUAAUGUUCGUGAUCAUGAAGGUUAUAUUGGUAAAGAAGACUAUAAUAAAAAAUUAGAAACUGCUGCUUCUGAAGAUGAAUUUGAAAUAGAAAUUACAGGAUUAUGUGGAGAAAUUUUAUCUCCUGCACCAGGAGGUCCAUUUUCUGCUUUGACACCAUCUAUGUGGCCUCAAGAUAUUUUAGCUAAAUUAAAUCAACCUGAUGAUCCUAAUUCACAACCUGAGUAUAGAUUUGAUGAAUUUGGAUUUCGUGUAGAAGAAGAAGAUGGUCCAGAACAAAGUUCAAAAAAAUUAUUAGGUAUUCCAUUUGUUGAAGAUCCUCAACAUAGAUUACAAUGGGUUGCUCUCUUAGAAUUCAGUCAUAAUAAAGAAGUAACUGAAUUUUCUUGGCAAAAUAUGGAUACAAGAUUACCACGUACAGAUAAAUUGCGAGAUAUGGUUCAUCAUGGUGUACCUCAUUCUCUUAGACCACAAAUUUGGAUGAGAAUGUCAGGUAUAUUAAAAAAAAAAUGUUCUUCUGAAAUAAUGUAUAAAGAUAUAGUUAAAGCAUCAAGUAAUGAUGCAUUAGUAACUAAUAAACAAAUUGAGAAAGAUUUAUUACGAAUUAUGCCAGCCAAUGCAUGUUUUAGUCAUCUUCAUAGUACAGGAAUACCACGUUUAAGACGUAUUAUGCGUGCUCUUGCUUGGUUAUAUCCUGAUAUUGGAUAUUGUCAAGGUACAGGAACAAUAGCAGCUUCUUUACUAUUAUUAUUAGAAGAGGAGGAUGCUUUUUGGAUGAUGGCUACAAUAGUAGAAGAUUUAUUGCCAGCAUCUUACUAUUCUUCAACAUUAUUAGGUAUUCAAGCUGAUCAAAGAGUACUUCGAACAUUAGUGGCUAAUUAUCUUCCUGAUAUAGACCAUGUUUUGGUUCAACAUGAUAUAGAACUAAGUUUAAUAUCUUUACAUUGGUUCUUAACUUUAUUUGCAUCUGUUGUACAUAAAAAAAUAUUGCUUCGUAUAUGGGAUAUGUUUCUUUUUGAUGGAUCUAUAGUUUUAUUUCAAGUUACCCUUGGAAUGCUAAAGAUUAAAGAACAUGAAUUAAAACAAGUAGAAAAUUCUGCACAAAUAUUUAAUGCUCUUUCGGAUAUACCUGGAGAUAUUGACGAUGUAGAUUUAUUAUUUAAAAUAUCUUUAGAAGUAAGUGGAUCAUUAACAGACGUUUUGAUCGAAACUCACAGACGUAGACAUUUGGCCUAUUUAAUGGCAGAUCAAGGUGGUUUAGUGGGUAAUCCUGAUGCUGUACCAAAUUUACCAAAACAACAUCUUAAUAGACGUCAAAUGAAAAGAAAUAAAUCAAUGUUUCAAACGUUUUUAUUUGGAAGUUAUGAUACUGAAGAUGAUGCAAAAUCAAAAAAUAUUCGUCAAACAGAAAUAUUGGUUGAUCUAAGAGAAGCUGUUUUACAAGUUGCAAGACAUUUUAUAAAUGUUGAUCCAAAAUUAAGUAAUAUUGUGCUUGUAGCAGAUUAUAGUAUGGAAAGUCAUGCAAAAGAUCAUGAUAAUUAUGUGAAUGUAUCACGGACUAGAAAAAGAAGAGCUAAAGCAUUAUUAGAUUUUGAAAGACAUGAUGAUGAUGAAUUAGGAUUCCGAAAAAAUGAUAUAAUUACAAUUAUAAGUCAAAAAGAUGAACAUUGCUGGGUAGGAGAACUUAAUGGAUUAAGAGGAUGGUUUCCUGCAAAAUUUGUAGAACUAUUAGAUGAAAGAAGUAAACAGUAUACAUGUGCUGGAGAUGAUGCAGUUAGCGAAGCUGUUACUGAUUUAGUAAGAGGAACCUUGUGUCCAGCUAUAAAAGCAGUAUUAGAACAUGGAAUGCGUAGACCAUCAUUUUUAGGUGGUCCAUGUCAUCCAUGGCUUUUUAUUGAAGAAGCUUCAACUAGAGAAGUAGAAAAAGAUUUUAAUUCAGUUUAUAGCAGAUUAGUAUUAUGUAAAACAUAUAGAUUAGAUGAAGACGGAAAAGUGCUUACACCUGAAGAGUUACUAUAUCGAUGCGUUCAAUCAGUAAAUUUAACACAUGAUAAUGCACAUGCACAAAUGGAUGUGAAAUUACGAUCCCUCAUUUUAGGUUUAAACGAACAAGUGUUACAUUUAUGGCUUGAAGUUUUAUGCUCUUGCGUAGAAAUUGUGCAAAAAUGGUAUCAGCCAUGGAGUUUUAUAAAUAGUCCUGGCUGGGUACAAAUUAAAUGUGAAUUAAGAAUAUUAAGUCAAUUUGCAUUUAAUUUAAAUCCUGAUUGGGAAUUACCACCCAAGAAAGAACAAUCUCAACCUCUAAAAGAUGGUGUUCGUGAUAUGUUAGUUAAACACCAUUUAUUUAGUUGGGAUCUUUAGCGCAUAAUAUAAAAAAAUUAACAAUUUUUGUAUUAAAGCUUUCAUAUAUAUCACAAUAAUACAAGAUAAUUGUGUAGUACAAA